GCCGCGCCUCAGAAGGACCCGGCACGGCUCGUCGCGCGCGGCGCAUCCGCGGCAGCUGCGGCCCCGACGGCGUCCGCCCCCCUGCCCGGUCCCGCGGGCCGCCGCGGCGAUAGGGCCUCGGGCUGCGGUGCCGCGCUCGCGAGGGGCUGUGCGGCGUGGCUGCGCGGGGACCGGUGCUGGAGACUACACUGGUCCUCUGCCCUCUGCGCCUGGGAGUUCCUGGUGCCCUGCCAGCCCUGGGAUUUAGUCUCUUUGUCUUAUGGACCCCUCCCCAUCAAGAGCACUGUCUCAGCAGCCGUGUGCCUGCCCAGACGCCACAGGGUCUCUGAGCUGCUAGAGACUUCAGCCUUGGCGGUCAGACGCUCCCAACACGCUCUUGGCUUCAGGAAGCUGCUCCUCAGGCUGUGCCCAUCCUGUUUGGCAGCUCAGCUACCAUGGAGGCCCCAGAAGUCCCUGUGGGCUCCUUGAUUGACUUUGAGACUGAACCACCUACCUCCCCUCCUUUGGAAGCAGCGCCUUCAACACUCCAGGACCCAGACGGCUCCCUGGGUGAUGGGGCAUCUGAGAGUGAGACCACCGAGUCCGCAGACAGUGAAAAUGACAUGGGCGAGUCACCGUCACACCCAUCGUGGGACCAGGACCGACGCUCUUCCUCCAAUGAGUCCUUCUCCUCCAAUCAGAGUGCUGAUUCGGCCCCAGAUGAGGAGACCCUGGCACUUCGAGAGUUCAUGCGUAGCUAUGUAGAGAAGAUCUUCUCUGGAGGGGAGGACUUGGACCAGGAAGAGAAAGCCAAGUUUGGGGAGUACUGCAGCGGAGAAGACGGGAAGGGCCGGGAGUGGUUUGCACGCUUUGUGAGCGCACAGCGCUGCACGUCCAAAUGUGUGUCCGAGCCCACCUUCUACCGCCUGGUGCAGUCUUUCGCGGUGGUGCUGUUUGAAUGCCACCAGAUGGACGACUUCGGGCCCGCCAAGAACCUCAUGACCAUGUGCUUCACCUACUACCAUCUGGGCAAGCCACACCUGCCCCCCACAGAGCCCAGGGAGAAGCCAGCUGGCAGCAUCGACUCCUACCUGAAGUCGGCUAACAGCUGGCUGGCCGAGAAGAAGGACAUUGCUGAGCGGCUGCUGAAGAACACGGAGAACAUGAAAGGCUUCUUCGGGGGGCUGGAGACCAAGCUGAAAGGACCCCUGGUCAGGAAAAAUGAGGAAGACGAGAGCAAACCUAAGGACAGACAGAUGAAGACUGUGACUGUCAUCAGCCCCGAAGAUGAACAGAAGGGGGAGAAGGUUUACCUGUACACGCACCUGAGGCAGCAGCCCAUCUGGCACACACUGAGGUUCUGGAAUGCAGCCUUUUUCGAUGCUGUCCACUGUGAGAGGCGGAAGCGGUCCCCCACCACCAGGGAGAAAUGGUGCCACAUGACCCAGGAAGAACGGGACGACAGCCUGCGGUUCAAUGAGAACAUCACCUUCGGGCAGCUGGGCACGUUCACCCACAACAUGCUGGCCUUUGGCUUGAACAAGAAGCUAUGCAGUGACUUCCUGAAGAAGCAGGCUGUGAUCGGCAAUCUGGACGAGGAGCAAUACAAGCUGCUGAGUGACCACAUCGAGCAAAUGGCUCCAGAGUAGGAGAUCAGCACAUGCUCCUGUCCCAGGAGCUGUCACCCCAGUGAUAACCCUGCAUGACACCAGCAGCACCCAGAGCCGCUCCUUGCCGCCCUAGAACUAGCAGUUAAAAGACUCCAUAAGCCUGUCUCCCCUGCCUGUGUCGCUCUCCCUCUAUGUAUAAGGCGUCCCUUGGGUUUCACAGCUAAACACGAGGGACCAUCUACCCCCCACCCAUCCUUGAGCCCCAGGCUUAUGAGAUGAGACGGAGGAAGAGGCCAUGAGAGAUGGUCUCCACAGUUCCUGCUGAGAGCCAGAGACAUGUGGUCACGGAGGUGCAGGAGGGGAUCCACACAGCUGCAGUGUGAGCAGGAUCAGUGCUGUGGGUGACAGCCUGCCACUCCCUGCCACAGGACUCCCUGUGAGUGUAAGCUGUGUAGAAGGACCAUGGAGGCUUCCCGAAAGGUCUUGGCUACCUGCUCUUCUCCACCGCCUCAUGGGACAGGAACUGAAAGAGAACUCAAGGGUUGUCACUUUCCUAGGGGAUGUGACUGUUCUGCCAGCCACAACCAUGUCUCAGGCUCAAGAGCUCCGUCAACAGAACCUCUGAACUGUCCACUCAACGUGGUCUCUCCCUCAAUAGCAUGCGAAGUCCUUCAAUCCCAGGCAACAGCAACAUGUGUCGUGGGAUGCAAGAAGCGUGGGGGAACGUUCUCUUCGGCAGCUCUGGGGGGACACCCUUGCUAGGAGCAAUGGUUCAGCCGGAGCACAUGGGAUGAAUCUGACUGAGGGAGGAGACCACAGGAAAGCAAGGUUGCCUGGUAGCUCCAGCCCACAGUCCUCCCCUUCUGAAAGACCCACAGUGGUCUGCCUCCUCUGUACCCUUGUACCAGGACUGACCCUCAGCAUCCAGUGUGCUGACUCUAGAGCUGCUGUCCCCAUCCACCCCUGUGGCCUUGGUCCCUUCUGUGCCAGCCAUUCUGGUCACUGACCUUGAACUAGGCCUGCGGGCUCUCCUGUCACCCUACAUCACCUCAUCCUUCUCUGUCCCCUAGCCUUCAGUCACAUUUAGUCAUGCUCUGCCUGUGAGCACAGCGGUUCUCUCCUGACAGCUGUGGACUCAGCUGGUGUGGGCGAGCCUUUCCCGUGGGAAGAGCCUCUAGGAUGUCCAAAGAAGAGCAGGAUAGGCCGAGCUUGGAAUGUACAUUUCCUGGAUGUUGCGGGUAACUGAGGCAGUACAUCAAUCAAGCAAAUGCUGACAGGCACAUCAGCCCCUGAUGGCGUAGUAUGUGCCAACUAGUACACCUGACCCAGCAUUGGGAUCCUAUAACCAUGCCUGUCUCCACUCUGUUUUAGGGAAGUAACAAAGUGAGAUCGCCCUUGCUAAGUGCUGCUGUCCUUUCUAGAGCCUUCCUCAGCUGUGCAAGCAUGGUGGCCACUCCUUGCUCCUCCCAGUCCUGCAUUGGCAUGAGUUCAGGUGCAGUAGGACAUGACUCCAAGGUGCUGUGAGACAUGCAGAUCUCGUGCAGCAGCACCUGUGGUCUGACCUCUGCCUUGCUCUGUGAACCGCCUUAAGGGGAAGAGUGCCAGGGGUUCCAACGUGGGCUUCAGAAGUGGCUUUGAGACUGUCCCUACCGACCUUUUGAGAUAGUCACUUAAGGAAGAAGGAAGAAUAGCUCUCUCUUGUCUGUCUCUUGUUCCUUAUUGUUGCAGAUCCAGCUCCACAGAAUCAGAAAAAUCUGACCCACAUUAGACCCACGUAUACUGCUAAGGACAUGGUGACCCUCUGGGGACAGGGCAGCCCUUGAUGGGAGCAAAGCUUGCAGGUGCCUGGAGGUGGUCCCACCAUCGCCUGCAGAUGUCUUCUGUUCACAGCUAGGUUUAGUGAGCAUUUCAUGUCAGCCUCUGGCCAGUGUCUCUGGGAGGUCACUAAUCCACCCCUGAGGUACCCUGUCAUAGCUCUUGUGUGGAUGGGCCUCACUGGCAAGCUCUCCUUGGCUCCCUGCUGAGCCCGUGAACCACAGACCGUUCAGAUUACCUGAAUACCCAAGCAGUAUCUCCAGUCUUGGCUGGUAGUGGCCCAGAUCUAUGCAGGCCCGUUAGCGCACAUUCAAACCUUCCUGGGUUGUGACCUUCAAGGCUGUGUGAGUCAGCAUCAGCACAAUACAGUGUUUGCCCUCACAGGAAAAAAAAAAAAAAGUCCCCCGUUCUGCAACCAGGCCAGCAGCGGCCGCCAGUCUGCUGUUUUCAGCUUUGUUAGGAUAUUGUGGGUGUUGGAGGCCAAGCACGGCUAUCUCCAGGUUGCUUCUGCCUAAGGUCCAGGCAAAGGCAGGAGAAUCAAGAGUUGAAGGGCAUCCUCAGCUACAUAGGGAGUUCAAAGCCAGCCUGAGCUCAAUGAAACCUGGUCUCAAGACAAGAAAAAAAUCAGAUACGGUCCUAAGAAUGCAGCGUGGGCUUAGAGGCAGUGCCCCAGCUUGAGACUUGGCCUGCUGCAGAAGGGGGAUUCACAGCCUGCCUUGUCCUCCUCACCUGAGAGGAACAGUGGGUCUGACCCUGUUUCUGCAGCCCAGGGACACAGGAGGCUUCAUGGACAGUGCCCUACUCUUGAAACACCUGCCACUCUAGGUUGCUUCUGUGAAGGGAAGUAUGUAAAAAGCUGAGGUCUGAUUGUGGUGACAUCAGCAGUCCCAGACCACAAGCCAUACCCAACCUUGACCUUCCUGGGUCACACUGACCAGUUGCUUUUUCUGUUAGGAAGGGAAGGUCUGGGUCUGCUCAGAGCAGCUUUAUUCCGGUUCCCAGAUCACAUUCGGACAACCAGGAGACUUGAGAACUAGAGGAAGGCAGUAGGAAGGGACUUGAGGAGGUGGCUGGCCCUGCAGCCUCAGGGAGAUGACAGGACCGUUCUCAGCAGAUGCCUCGGCACCAGGCUCCUGCCAGAUCCCUCCCACUGCAGAGCUCACUAAGGGCUGAGCUUGCCUCACAGCCACAGCCUCCAGUCUGUUGAUCUUGUUUGCAAGUAGACGCCCAUCUUCAUGGACCUCCCCGGGGAAGUUGGUGAUUUGGGGGACCAGCCUCACUGCAGACUCCAGGCUCUGACAGGGACCCAGCUGCAAGCCAUGCUCUCCUGAGCUAUAACUCCAGAGACUUUGCACUUUAUCCAGAAAGGACACCCCCCCCCCCAUGGAUUGCCUUGCUUUGACCCUGAGCUGAGGCUGGCCCUGUCCCAUCCGUCCUCCUAGACGAUGGAUGUAUUAAUGGGAGGAAGGACCGAGACCCUGCCUGGGUAAGAAGGUUGGCUUAUAGCCAGCCUUGCAAGAAGUGCUGGUUUAGGGUCAGCUGGGGAGAAGAGCCUUGGUCGGUGGCCUUGGAUUGUCACUUCAUUCAGGAUAAAGAUCCCUUGGGGGGGGUGAGUUGGACAUUUCACUGCUAGGAGAUACUAGAGGCUCAAACAGCAGGCCUGUAUCCCCAUGGAGAAUAUGUGAGGACCUGGGUCGUCACUGUCUCGGCUAUACCCGGUUUUACCCCGCUUUCUGUAGAGAUUCUACCUGCAGUCUGUUCUUUCUCGGGGUUCCACAUCCACUUCUUGCCAGCAGUUCCCAGUGACGCUGUGUUUUGUAUGUUAGUUACACAACUUCGUGUCCCACCAGGUCAUGUUCUAAAAUUAAGGCUGAGAAAGGUGUGAGGUCGAAGAUCUCAGGCAGUGCUGUUUCCCGUGAAGAAAAAAAAAAGUGUAUAUAUCCAUAGAUAUAGUACUUUGUCUUGUCAGGAGGUGGAAACUGAAAUAAAUUAUCUUUUAAAAAGAA